AUGGCAAAGCGCACUAUCGACUCUUUUUACAAACGAGUCUCUCCUCCCCAGAGUAAGAAACCGAAAACAGAAGAAACUCCGCUGUCCUUCACCCACCACCCCAGCUAUCCCCAUCCCAUCGCAGCUCUACCCCCGUCCAUCGCCAACCCUCUCGCCAGCAUCAGGGACGCACAGCCCAAGACAAUCGCCAACCAGCCCCAUCUCGACCUCUUAUAUUUUCACCCGCUCAUUCCAUCUCCAACUGCCCGCGACCUGUUCCAGUUCUUACGUCGAGAGCUCCCUUUCUACAGAGUCCAAUACACAAUCCGUCGCGGGGGCCAACCCACCCAGAUCAACAACCCUCGCUUCACCACCGUCUUUGGCAUCGACGCAACAUCGCAGUUCAUCCCCCCAACCCGGCCAGACGCAACCGCAAUCGCAGAUACAGAUGCAAUUACAACUGCACCCUCAAUCCCAGUCGACACCAAAACCCACAACCCCAUCUCCCCCACAAAAUACCAGUACACCCCCCGCCCAAUCCCCGAAUGCCUCGACACUCUCCGCCACCACAUCGAAGCCGCCAUCGGCGACGGCUCAACCUACAACUUCUGCCUGGUGAACUACUACGCCUCGGGCAAUGACAGCAUCUCCUAUCACUCGGACGACGAGCGCUUCCUGGGCGCGAACCCGUCCAUCGCGUCCAUUUCGCUCGGUGCGCAGCGGGAUUUCCUCAUGAGGCAUAAGCCGACCCAGGCUGGUAGCAACCAGCAGCCGGUGAAAUUUGGGCUUGCGUCGGGGGAUAUGGUUGUGAUGCGUGGAGAGACGCAGGCGAACUGGUUGCAUAGUAUUCCGAAGCGGAAGGGGAGCGAGGCGCAGAUGGGGCGGAUUAAUAUUACAUUCCGUAAGGCAGUUGUGUCUGGGGGGACAGACAAUUAUUAUACUUAUAAUGUUGGGAAGGGGCCUGUUUGUCGCUGGGACGAACGGGAGGGGAAGAUGUGUCAAUCUGGUGGUGGUACAUAG